AUGACUUCAGAAUCCACAACUUCCGAAAGGCCCCCUUCAUUCCUGCCUGAAAUUUCAGCAGGAUCAAGGCUUUCUUUCGAACCAGCCUCGCCGCCAGGGCUAUCCACAACUCCGGACGAACCACCAUAUCUCUCUUCGUCUUCUUCCAUCACCUCACCAGCCUCAUCCGUCGACUCCCAUAGCAGUCGGGUUCUGUUACCUAUCCCUACUCCAUCUCUCAACGGCUCUCAAGCAUCUUUCACAUUCUCCGACGUUGACCUCGAUGGUAACCCCCUCGAACCACUGCCCCCGGAAAUAGCAACAGCAGACCUUUCAAUUGCUCCCGAUGGAAGCUUCGUCGAAACUUCUUCCGGUCCGGCUGCGCGAGAGCUCAAGCUACGCUAUGAUGCACACUAUGGAGUCGGUCCCAAUGUUCGUUCGCCCUACACCAUCACAGCUUUUGUCAACCAACAUGGGCGGUCGAUGUAUCGAGUGGGAAACCGAGAGAAGAAGACUCCGCCAGCUGCCUCGACUGCAGAAGCGGUAGAGCGUGUCUCCCAGUCGGUGGCGUCGAGUCAGUCGUCGCGUGCCCAUUCGCCUCGACGCUCCCGUGUCAGUGUUGGAUUAUUCGCCGCGAAACCUUCAUCGUCAUCUUCUCGUCCCACAACAUCUAGUGGCCAUCGCAAGCUCCGCAAGACACGGUCCUUCUCCGAAAUGGCUACCACCACCAAUGCACCUUCUUCUCGGCCAACUGGCCGCGGGCAUUCCCAGAGUGUUACAGCAGCAGACUUCGUGCCUCCCGCAACUUCGGAAACGACCCCUUCGCAGAUUGGCGAUAUUUUCGGGGACAUUAUGGGCUGGCAUCCCUCAAGAAAACACACAUCAUCUAGCUUAUCUAGCGAGGCGUCUGCAUCUGCCAGUAUCAGUGGGCGGAGCGGCAAUAACAUACCUCAUCCAUUCGGACAAUCAAUACUCUUCGAGUCUCCCUCUCGCAAGCCAAGACUCGAGUUUUUGCCCACUCCAAGGUUGCUUCGUGAGAUGCAGUCCUUCGAGUCUGGUCUGACCGCAAAACAAGGAGAUUCAGACAGUGUCCGGAGGCUGGCAUCGUUUGAUACUGCUUCGCUCAAUGGAUCUGAUGGGACACGGCCACCUUCAGCUUUCCGUGUUCGAGAUUCAACUGCAUCUUUCAUGUCAGAGGCUACAACGACGAAUUCGGAAUCUGUUGAGGAGCCCGAACAGGAGCCCGAACCAGCUCAAGAAGCAUACGGUCCCGCCCCAGAAACAGCAAUGUACUCUAGGUAUUCGACCGACGUUUUCGAUGUACUUCAAACAUAUCGAGGCUUACCGCUUCUCGAGAAACUUGCACCAGGAGAGGAAACGACGGUUAUCAAACUCUCACUGUCCGCCGACAACACCGCAGCACCUCGCGACGAUCCGAGAUUCGUGAUUUGGGGAGAACUGGUGCCGGAAAGAGAGAGAGACAACGAUGAGCACUCGCAAACUGACCACACCGAUGGUGGCGGCUCGUCAUCUGCGCUCUCUUCUAAUCUGUCGAAGAAGAGGAGUGUCAAAAGUAACGCGAAAGCAAAAUCAACAGAUGUUCCUGUACUCAAACUGUCACCCGAGGACGGUCUUGCGAAGGUGCUUGUUGCUGCAAGCAUCGAACGAUGGAUUGCGCAACUGACGAGCGACCUCAAUUAUGAGGAACUGCUCAACUUCUUCCUUACAUACCGAACAUAUAUCAACGGAGUGGAUCUAUGUCACCUGCUCAUUUGUCGGUUUCAUUGGGCAUUACAGCAGCCGUCGAAUACUCAAGAAGAAACGGUCCGGCGAGUUGUGAGAGUGCGAACAUUCGUGGCCAUCCGGUACUGGCUUUUGACAUUUUUCUCCGUGGAUUUCCUCCCAGAUCGCGAGCUGAGGCUGCUUAUGGCUAAUUGGCUGAACACCCUGUCAAGGGAUCCCAUCCUGAAGAGACAUGUGGACGGUCUUAGUAUCGUCCGCAAGCUAAAAAAAGUCGCUAAGGAAUGUCGACAGAUCCACACUCGCUCAUCCAAAUCACAAGCGUCUCGUCCAACAUCUGUCAAAGCGCCGACAACCCAGCAGACAGAGGUUGAAAGUAAAGCGAGUCACGUGCUGGGCGAGCGCUUCGCUGCAGCAACACGCAAAGCUGCAGAUGAUGAAGACUCAGAUGUCGACUUAGACUUCGCUGCUGAUCAAGACGCCAGCGAACGAACAGCUUUUAACAGUGACUUAGCGAAUGCGCAUCUGUCCACUGUUCAUCUUGGUGGGGGUGCGGCAGCACGCACGAGUGCGAUGCCGCUUUCGUCUAUAUCAAUCCUCCAGAGAACGGAUCAUCUUGGUGACCCCAAUCCAGUUUCGCCGUUUGUGCAGAGUGCUGCAACAUUACCGGUGCAUCACAAUGCAUUAUCACGUGUGCUGGUUAAAACGAUUGGACGGCUUGGAAGGUGGAGGCGAGUGUUGAAUCAACGUGGCGGCGCAAGAGGUCAUGAUGCACAAUUGGGGGUUUGCGUUGACGUGGAUGCGGUUGAUUUGGAGGUAUCGGUUCAUGGGGAUUUGUUGACGGUGAAUGGGGGUGUGGAGCAAUACCUCAAGAUGAUUGAGCCGCCACCAACGAUGACAAUGAAGGCACCGUCAACGGAACCGCAACCAGAGUCUCAGUCCACUGAAGAGGCGGAAACUGAAGUGGUCGAAACGACAUCAAUACCAACUGAGGCGCCGCCUGACUAUGCUGAAAGUAUUGCCCCCUCGGUGCUAUCGGCAGACUCCGAAGCUGUCAACGACACCUCGUCAGUAAUUAGCCCAGAACCAAACUCCCUCCCGGAAUCGCUCCGACCUGAAUCGUUCAUGUCAGAUUUACGACCCGAGUCAAUUGACACACGCCGAUCUUUCCGUUCCACCUCUACCGAUUCGUUUGGCGCGCCAAUCUCCUCUGGUGCUGCGCUAUUUCCAAAUGGCGCGCAAUCCCAAUGGCAGUUCGAAGUCAUGUCCAUUGACCAGCUGGAUUUGUCAGACAACUCGUCUGAUGAACACGGCGAAGGUGAUGGACCUGCACUCCCUCCAGGUCUCAGACAACCUGUUAGGAGGUUACCCCUUCGGAGGGACUUCGAGUUCGUGCAACGGCCAGAUAGUGUUUCGUCCAUGGGAAUACAGUCUGCAGGCCACUUGUCACACGUGUCUGGCGCAUCAGAUGCACCAAUCAACGGUGGAGCGAUCUCACAGUGGCAGAUGAAUGCGUUGGUAGACUCGUUAAGCGACAACGGAGAUGCGGGAGAUGUCGAAGCCGCCUUGAAAGCGUUAGAGGGACAGAUUGAUAAAGGCAAAGUCCAAGAGAAAGCGAGCAAGGUGAACACUUGGAUGAAGACAAUGCGGGAGAGAUUUUUGACUGGAGACUAUGACGAUACGGAGGAGCCACGGUACUCAGAUGACGAUGAAGAUGAGGAAGAAGUGGGCGUUUCCUCAUCGAUCUCAAAUGAUGAAGGGUUCACAACUGACGAUGACACGAACAAUACCACUGAACUGAUAACGGACGACGAUUCGGUUCCACUGGAGGAACAUGCGGCGGAUACUCCAAUCUACACAACUCGCACGGCACCAAUGUCACCUCCUCGGCCAGCUGAUGAAGCAAAGCCAGCUCCAGAGGACGCGGUACCACUAGAAAUUCUCCAAAGUCGGAUGCCCCUCGUUCCACAGCGAGCACCCCCCAUCUCCAAAUUUGUCGUCAGUGAAGGGUCUGCAGCAACUACUACUCCCAAUACUUCGCGGUUCCAUCACUCUUUUGUCAUCGGCUUCCCGUCACAAGUCAUUGCAGGGCAUUUUGCAAUGAUUGAUCGUGAGCUGUUUAUGGGUGUCAAGUUUGAGGAGGUAUUGGAGGACUGGAGUACUGUGGAUGAGGAACCUGUGCUUGACUGGGCUCAGUUUUUACGAGAGAGGGCACGAUUAAAGGCCGAUCCUCAAUGGGCGGAAAAGAUAAGUGCGCUAGCUGCAGUCAGGGCGAGGUUCAACUUGAUGGCCAAUUGGGUGGCAAGCGAGAUCGUGCUGUCGGCUCCCCAGGACCGAACAGCUGUGUUCACCAAAUUUAUUAGGAUCGCUUGGCAAUCAUACAUGAUGAAUAGCUUCAAUACGUUGGUAGCUAUCGUCGCUGCUCUUCUCAGUCCCGUUGUCGGUCAAGCUGUUCGAUGGAAGAGUAUACCCAAAUGGGAGGGGCGUGUUUUCCGUGAUCUGAAGGCAUACUGCACUAGCCACGAUGACUUCAAACAUAUCCGAGCCGCGAUUGCGGACACAAAGAGCCAAGAUGUGAACUCCUCAGUGUCCGAAGACUCAAGACGAAAGUCGGCCACUGUCGAUGCCGGAACUAACAACCCCAACAAACCAAAACCUAAAUCCCCAGCUUGUAUUCCUUUCAUUGGUGUCUACCUCUCGCAACUCCACCGUCAUAGCAGGCUACCCGACCUCAUCGACCCAACCGCACCCACGGAAGCUGUGGGGAUCGAUACAGUCACUUCGAACUUUGACGCGCCUGCGCAUCCAGAGGUCUUUGCUGCCCUUGCACCAUUGCCACCUAGCAUCCACCUCGAACCUCUGAUCAACGUUCACAAGCAACGAUUGAUUGCUGGGGUGGUGAAGACGAUGGUCGGGGGGCAACAUUUGGCGAGUCGGUUUGAGUACGAAGGGGUGGAGAAAAGGCUGUAUCAGCGGUGUUUAAGGUUAAGGGGGCUGAGUGCGGCGGAGAUGGCAAGGGCUUUGAAGAUGUAUCCAGCAUGA